AUGAACACCAACAAACCAAACGCCAACACGGUACCAUCUUCAACUUCUUCAUCUCCAUCUCAAUCCAUAACCUCGCAAUCAAAAUCCAACUCAACGCCUCACCUCCCAAUUUCCCGUCCAAAAUGCAUCUAUCUCCUUACCGCCUAUACCUGUUCGCAUUUCGUGCAACCAUUCACUAAUCCCACAAAUAUCAUUCAUACACCUACGUGUAUGGCUCGAUAUGGAGGCAUGUGUUCGAGUGAUGGGUAUCGGUAUGAGUUUUUGAGGAAUGGAGGAGAGGUUUGUGGGGAGUGUCGGGGUAAGGGGAGGAUGGAGGGGGAGGAGAGUGAAUAUGAAAAAGAAGUGGAAUUUUGCGAGCAGAAGACGGUGGAGUUGAGAGAGGAGAUCGGUAAUGCCAAGAAUGAAGACUAUGAGGAUAUGAGAACAAGAGGCAAUGGAAGAUUAACAGCACCCGAAUUCCUAAUCAAGGAGAGCCGAAGUUUGACAGAAGUGGCAUCUGAUUACCGUUCCAUGAAAAGUGAACGAAGAAGCCAGAGAAGCAUGAUAUUUGAGUAUCAGCGAGCAGUUCCGUCACGAAGACCUACGAUUGGUGAAAAUAGACAGGUGUCAACUGUGAUUGAGGAAGGUUGGGAAUAUAAUGGAGAGAAAUAUGAGAUGGCUAAUUCUAGAUGUAUGGUGGGCAAGGGGAAGAAACGAUGGGAGGACUUGUGGGAGAAGCUGAAGAAGCUGUAG